CUCUACUCUUUAGCUCAACUCAACAACACAAAGAAACCCAUUUUGCAGUGAAAGCUCUCGCCGCAGCUAGAGAUGGCAGAGGGAAGAGGGUCCACUCUAGUUCACAUUUUGGUUGUCCUUUUGAGUUUGGUUGCAUUUGGCUUUGCCAUUGCCGCCGAGAGAAGAAGAAGCGUCGGAAUCAUGCGCAAAAAUGAAGCCACAAAUGAAACAUAUUGUGUCUACAAUUCAGAUGUUGCUACUGGUUAUGGAGUGGGGGCUUUCCUCUUUCUUCUUUCAGGUGAAUCACUGCUUAUGGGAGUGACAAAGUGCAUGUGCUUUGGGAGGCCGUUAACACCUGGGGGAAAUCGAGCAUGGUCUAUUAUAUAUUUUAUCUCUUCUUGGGUCACUUUUCUGGUAGCAGAAUCAUGCUUGAUAGCAGGUGCAACCAAGAAUGCUUACCACACCAAAUACCGUGGAAUGAUUUAUGCUCAGAACUUCUCGUGUGAAGCCUUGAGGAAAGGUGUCUUUGUUGCUGGGGCAGUUUUUGUUGUUGCAACCAUGAUUCUUAACGUAUACUAUUACAUGUACUUCACAAAGGCAACUACUAAACCAGUUUCUCAUAAGGCGAAUCGGGUGAGCUCCACGGUUGGAAUGACUGGAUAUGCAUGAUGGACCUUGGGUGAAGGGGUAUCAAAUUUUGAGGCUUAAUUUCAAUGGAUGUCUCUAUAAUCGUCACUAGUAAAACAGUGAUUUUCAGUUUGGUUUUUGUUAGUUAAUGGGUGUUUAUAUAUUGUGGAUGUUACUGA